GCAUGCAAUGUUCUAGACAACCACCAUGACGUGAGGAACAUUUGUUAUAAGACAAACAUGAAUAAUGUAGUUUUUUAGAUCACACCUAGAUAUUAUUCGACAGUUCUAACAAUGGACCCAUAUCUUUUCCUUAGCUUGUUCGGACUCACAACUUUGGUUGGCAAUGGAAUCGUACAUGGGCAAAUGGGACAUAUGCAAUCGAUGGGACUUUCCAACCAAAGACGUAAUUUUCCACCGCGGACAGGAAGUGGAGGGAUAGGCUUGGGAAAUGGUCAUGGCCAAGUUGUGAGCUCUCCAAACGUAAUGAGCUUUUCCCAUUCAAUGGGCACUAAUAGUCUGGGACCAGGAGUGAUGGAUAAUCAAGGAGCCGGAAACGGAAUGUCAGGACAAGUUCAGGGAACGACGGUACAAGAUCAAGGAAUGACAGGACAAGGACAAGGAAUGUCAGGACAAGGACAAGGAAUGUCAGCACAAAGCCAAGGAAUGUCAGGACAUGAACAGGGAAUGUCAGCACAAAGCCAAGCAAUGGCAGGACAAGGCCAAGCAAUGGCACAAGCUCAAGGAACACCAGGACACGGAAUGAAUGGACAAGGAAUGAAUUCAAUGGGCAAUGGCAUGGGUGGAGGUGGCGGUGGAAUGGGUGGAUUUGGAAUGAUGGGUGGUGGAAUAGAUCCUUCAGCUUUAAUGGGAGGUACGGGGAACAACUGGAUGCAAAUGCGAAUGGCUAUGAAUAGUGACUUACCACAAGCGAUGUUUAUGGGUCCAAGGAACUAUAUGCAACAUCGGGCAUGUGAAAAAACACCAAGUAUUGCUAAUCAAUUGUGUAAUCCCAACACACCAAAUGCAUGUCAAGCUGCAAGUUCAAUGCUGUCGGCAAGCAUGCCCAUGGGAAUGAUGGGAAUGAUGGGUAUGGGAAGAAGACAGCAGCAACGGCAGCAACGGCAGCAAAGAAACAUGCUAGUAUGCAGUCGUAUGAACGAACAUGGACAUGCUAGAUGUUGUGCUAAAACCAUGGCCUAUGCAAGAUAUUUAGAUACAAUGUUUAAAUAAAGACUACAACAGCGACAGCGACAACGCAUUUGGGGGAGUGAGUGGUAGUGCAUGCCGUGAUGUGAAUCAAGACCAGAAUGCAGUAUUAAAGAUGGUCGACUCAUCUCGUGAUAUACAUGUAAUCACCUUUAUUUAAUGUCAACCAUUUUCAUUGUAAUGUUGUUUUCAUUUUUUUUUCAGUAGUUUAUGUUUUGGUUUUCUUAAAUAAACGAAUGACCGGUCUG